AAGAAAAAAAAAAAUUUGUGUGUAUAGAAGACUGUGCUUGCUGGCCACUAAUUGGACUGAAUUUCACAGAGCAACAAAAGAUCAGACUCGAAAAUUCCAGCCUGGGUUUGUUACAGGCUCUGCUUUGUUGUCCUUUGGGCCCUGUUUGCUGUGUUAACAGUUAUCUCCUCCUCUCUCUCAGCCUUUCAUUUUCUCUCUCUUUUUGUUGUGCGACCUUUGAAAGGCUUUUUGCCCCAAAUGAAGCAGGGCAACCCCGACUGCUCCGGCAGGAAAGUGAAGGAGCCUGAGUGGACAUGAUGAGGCCGAAGCUUCAAGGAAGCGGACCUUCCUCCAUGAGAAGAUGGCUGUCCCCCUCUGUUUAAACCCUAAAUCCAUGAUCUUGGAUGGAUUUCUCUGUUGAUCUGGGGGUAAAGAGCAAGCAAGGAAAAUGAUGCUUGACUUUCAGACCUCAGAGGAGAGCAGCAGUGCUUAUAUUCACGGUGCAGAGGAGCUGGAGUGUAAGAUCUGCUACUGCAUGUACAACUUGGGGAGUCGCAGGCCAAAGGUGCUGGACUGCUGCCACCGUCUCUGUUCCAAAUGUCUCAUCAAGAUCCUGGACCUGGGAGAGUCGCCCCCUAAUGCUUUGGUUUGUCCGUUCUGCCGCUGCAUCACCACGCUGCAGGGAGAGUCUGUGAGCGGCCUGCCAGAUGACUGCAACCUGGUAGCAACCCUGGCUCUCCACAGGAGGAAUCAGAGGAACUCCCACCAGGACACAACGACAGAACUUCUCCUCAGUCCGAGACGCCUGACGUCCCUGAGCCCGUCUUUGAUUUACCAUUCAUCUAUAUCCUCUUCUUCUUCCUCCUCGUACUCUACCCUCCGUAGUUCCCCUAAUUUUGUGGUCAUCACAAUCAUGGAACCGCCGCCUGCCUCAGCAGUACCAGACCACGGACGCCCCUCCUCCAGCCUGGACUCCAUUGCAUCCGUCACACAGCGGUGGACUUUGUGGAACUGUGCUUCCCUCCUGUGCCAGACCUCAGCCCGGGUUCUGGUGUGGGUGCUGGGGCUCCUGUACUUCAGCUCGCUCCCCAUGGGGGUUUACCUGCUGAUCCUGCAGAGGACAACAGCUGGCAUGCUGCUGGUGAGCUUGGUUCCCUCCAGCCUCGUCAUGAUCAUUGUCUACGGCUUCUGUCAGUGCGUCUGCCAUGAGUUCUGGGACUGCGUGCCCCCAUGAGAGACCCAAUGAACAAGGAACAAUUUGCUUUGAUUGUGCUCAGCUGUACGUCUCUAGAACUCACUAAUGGGGGAGAGGGGCCACCGUGUGAAAAGCUGCUUCAAAGGACAGAGGAAUGUCUCUUCUGUUAUGAAGACUCCGGAGCUCUUUGUGUCAAUUUCUAAGCCACCUUCAGAGAACACAUGUGACCUUUAGGCG